AUGAAAUCAGUUCUAAAUGAGUGUAUCAGUCAUUCAUGUCUGUGUGUUGUGUUAUUUUUCCAGAGCCCAUGGGGCGCUCCCGUCCUGGCAUCAGCGCCCUGCUCUCUGGCUGAUGUGAUGAGUGAGCAGCUGGCCCGAGAGCUGCAUGAGGAGGGCAUUCCUUUCCCAGAAAUCCCAGAUACCGAUCUGGACCUGACCUUUUGCAUCAUUUGUGUCUCGUGUAGCUUUGAAGAGAAGAUUGUUCCUGAAGAGUGUGUCCUCAAGGUAUUCAAGACCACCCUGAAUGAGUUUAAGAACCGGGACAAAUAUAUCAAAGACGACUACCGCUUCAAAGACCGCUUCAGCAAGCUGAAUCCUCGCAAAAUUAUCCGCUUGUGGGCUGAGAAGGAGAUGCACAACCUCACCAGGAUGAAGAAAGCAGGGAUCCCUUGUCCAGAGGUGGUGAUUCUGAAGAAGCAUAUCCUAGUGAUGUCAUUCAUUGGAAAGGACCACGUUCCUGCACCUAAACUAAAGGACGCUACUCUGAGUUCUGAGGAUAUGAAGAAAGCAUACUACCAAGUGCUAAAUAUGAUGCAGCAGCUAUAUCAAGACUGUAACCUGGUUCAUGCAGAUUUGAGUGAAUACAACAUGCUCUGGCAUGACCGACAGGUGUGGUUCAUUGAUGUGAGUCAGUCCAUAGAGCCCACUCACCCUCACGGGCUGGAGUUCUUGUUCAGAGACUGCAGGAAUGUGGCCACAUUUUUCCAGAAAGCUGGUGUGGCCGAAGCUCUCAAUGUAUUUGAGCUGUUCAACACCGUGUCUGGACUGCAGAUCAACAGCGAUAAUGAGGCUGAUUUCUUAGCACAGAUUGAAGCCCUGGAGAAAAGAAAUGAAGAUCAUGUGCAGAAAUCCGGCAAGAAAAUCUUCACGGACACCAAUGAUGGCAGCCCACCCCAAUUAAACACUGAUGAUGAUUAACACAAGCACAAUAGUCAUUU